UGUUGAGCGUGACUGCAGACCAGGAGAGACCAUGUCCGGCGUCAUAAGCAAACUGUACUCACCUCUACUCUCAUUUAUAACUCAUUCUCCAUGAAAUAACAGGCACAAGGGGCCCAAAGGAUGGCCAACUCGGGUGCUGUUCAGGUGAAACUAGAACUUGGUCAUCGAGCCCAGUUCAGAAAGAAACCCACCGUGGAAGGCUUCACCCACGACUGGAUGGUGUUUGUGAGGGGACCGGAGCACAGCAACAUCCAGCACUUUGUGGAGAAAGUAGUUUUUCACCUGCACGAAAGCUUCCCCAAACCAAAAAGAGUGAUCAAGGACCCGCCGUACAAAGUGGAGGAGUCUGGAUACGCAGGCUUCAUCCUGCCCAUCGAAGUUUACUUCAAGAACAAGGAAGAACCGAAGAAAGUUCGCUUUGACUACGACCUGUUCCUCCACCUGGAGGGCCACCCGCCUGUCAAUCACCUGCGCUGCGAGAAGCUCACCUUCAACAACCCCACGGAGGAGUUUCGAAGGAAGUUGCUCAAAGCCGGAGGGCAACGUGAUCCUCACAAACGAAGCUCCGAAGACUCAAAAGUGAUGGUGAUGCAGGAAGGAUCCACCUCCCUGUUUGGACAGCACCUGAAGCUGCCCACCCUCCCCAACAGCUCUCUCACCUCCACCUUCUCCGACCCAAAGAAGAGCAAGAGCUUCCACGGCUCAAAGGAUGGUUCCAAAGGAGGUGGCCCUGCCCUUCUCACCACCGCCACGACCACCACCAGCACCAACAGCAGCAGCUUCUCCAAACUCCACAAACCCUCCAAGGACCACAAAGAAAAGCCUCCAAAAGACUUGAAAGAGCCCAAAAGUGCCUUCAGAGACUCUGGCUGGGAAUCCAGCAAAGCCCCCAAAGAACCUUCCAGGAAACCCAAAGAGAACCAGCCACUGAGAGAUAUCAAUCCUAAGAUGGGCUUCAAGGAACCCAAGUCUUUGUCCAAGGAGCACCGGACUGAAGGGAUGACCCACGGGUCAGGGCUUAACAAGCGUCUGUCGACGGACGCUGACGAUCAUGUGACCAAAAAACGUAAAAAGGGAUUUGUGGAUUCAUCAGGGAAGCCGAUGUCGGACGCUCAGCUUUCGGAUAAGAAACUCUUAAAGGAUAGAUCGCAGAUCCGAACGAGUAAAUCGAGACCAGAAGGGGAGGAGACAGAACGCAGGAAGCUUUCCACACUGCCGCCCCCAUUCCAGGGACUGGUGGACCCCAACGACUCUGAUAUGGAGGAACAUUCCAACAAAUCAGAUUCCGAGCAGCCCAGUCCAGCCAGUUCCAGCUCCAGUUCAGGCUUUGCUCCCACACAUCACAAACGACAAGUGGUCGACUUCAUCAUCAGGAAGAGGGUGGCUCUUCCUGCCACCACCCAAACAGUGUUGGGCCCGCUGCAGUCGGUCAUGCAGGAUCUGCACUCGGACGACAACGACGACGAUUCGGAGGACGACGACGACAACGACAUGGACUCUGACGUGGAGCGCCCUGUGCACAUGCAUCACACACAUCACCAACGCAGGGUCAGUUUGAGUGACGGCAGUGAGAGUGACAGCUCAUCGCCUUCACCUCCGUCACGCAUCGAAGCCCCGCCCUUAUUGAAGACUACUAACCAGAUUCUGGAGGUGAAGAGUCCGAACAAGCCGAAUAAACAGGACAAGAACAGAAACCUGGACUGUGACAAGGCGUACCUCGAUGAACUGGUGGAGCUGCACAAACGACUGAUGACACUAAGAGAAGGACACAUACUGCAGCAGAUCGUGAACCUGAUCGAGGAGACGGGACACUUCCACAUCACAAACACGACUUUUGACUUCGACCUGUGCUCGUUGGACAGGAGCACGGUCAGAAAGCUGCAGAGUUACCUGGAAACCUCCGGACUGUCCUGAAGCUCUGAGCAGCUGGCUGCACGCAGACUUUUGAUUCUUUUGUCUUUCUUGAAUAAAACUCUGGAUGCAAUGCAAACGCCCCCCCCGCCGUGGCCGGGUCCAGCUGCUGUGUGUCCGGCCUGCUGGUUGGACGGAGACGUGGUCCCGCUGUAGAAACAGAGCCGGGUGAGGCGGGGCGGAUGAGGCCUGUCGAUCAGGUGAUCACCCAGGAAGCCUUUAAACAAAGUGAGGAGUGUCCGCCUUGUUGCUCUUAAUGAAUGUGCAUAAUGUUA